AUGGCUCCAUCGACUCCUGACCUGUCGACCAAAUAUGCAGUCCUGCAGUUGAGUGUCAUAUCUUCGAGCAGCAUAUCCAAUCGGACCACGUCUCUGAUCAACCACAUCAAAUCAAUACCAGCCGACAACAAACCUGCUCUUGUCGCUCUCCAUGCCAAAGCUGCUGUGGCCAACAAACUCAUCAGCAUUGUCGAAAUUGCAAAAAGAGAGCUGAAAGACAAUGAUCAAAAAGUCUAUCAAUAUAAUAUUCUUGGCUCUGAGCUCAUUCAGUCUACGCCUGCCCCCAAGGACGCUGUUGACCAAGAUGCCAUGAGCGACAACGAGCCCGCGUUUGAAAAGACUGAAGGGAAACAUGCCGUUCGAAACGUGCCUACCAUGACUAUCUAUCUGAGUCUUGCCUCCGUCAAGGAACUCAAGCAAGCUUAUGGCGAGCAGAUCAACUAA